AUGGCGACGAAAGAUCGGAAAAGACGUGGAAAAUGGGACACCUACAAAUCACAAUUCAAUUCGGAUGACGGGCCGGGCUCAUCCGGAGCCGGUAGCGCCGAUAAGGACGGCGCUGCUGCCGGUAAGACACAUUUUUGACAGAUUUGAUGAGAAUCUGAUGAAAACGUUUAAUUUGUUCAGUACCAAAAGCCGCCUCACACAAUUUGAACAAUGAAACGUCGACGGUACAGACGGACGAGUUCGGGGCGAAAGAUUAUCGGAGGGAUAUGCCGCUAAAAGUAAGGAAUUUAUUGACUUCUGCAUAAAAAUAAGGAAAAAAUAGAGUUUCGAAGGUCUUUGGUAUUAAAUACUAUGCUAGAACGAAUUUUUCUGUUCUAGAGUUCAUAAAUUAUUGUGAAAUCUUCAAUUUUCAGGGCGAUUUCAAUUCUCGUCCUCUCUGGGUGGCUCCAGACGGUCACAUUUUUCUCGAGUCGUUCAGUCCCGUUUAUAAACACGCCCGAGACUUUCUCAUCGCAAUUUCUGAGGUAGUUUUCUGUGAAUUGUUAUGAAAAGUGCCGAAAUUUCAGCCAGUGUGCCGUCCUCAACACAUUCACGAGUACCAACUGACCGCCUACUCGCUCUACGCCGCAGUUUCGGUCGGUUUGCAGACGAAGGAUAUCAUUGAGUAUCUGGAGAGAUUGAGCAAAAGUCAGCUGCCGAAAGGAGUCAUCACUUUCGUUCAGGUAUACUUAUUCUAUUCAAAUGUUUUCCAAUGCUUCCUUUUUUUUAGAUGUGCACAGUAAGCUAUGGAAAAGUGAAAUUGGUGUUGAAGCACAAUCGAUAUUUUGUGGAGUCCCGUCACUCGGAUGUGAUGCAGAAGUUGCUGAAAGAUCCGGUUAUCCAGACGUGCAUUCUCGAUGACCGCGUUCAACCGGCACAACAAACGGACAUUCCGGCACAGGAAAAGAUCAAGUUCUCGCAUGGAAACGAGAAAGAAACGACCGAGAAAGAGAGUGCGGACGGAGAAGUGCCGGCUGAUAUCGAUGAAUUCUACGGAAAGAUAGAUGGAGACGACGAAGACGACGCAGAGAUUCGCAAUCUUCAGCUGCUCACUUUCGAGAUCAAGCAGGAGACGAUCGAAACGGUGCAACGUCGGUGCAUCGAGCUCGAGUAUCCGCUUCUUGCCGAGUACGAUUUCCGAAAUGACACUAUGAAUCCUAACCUCGGAAUCGACCUGAAACCGUCGACGACUCUCCGUCCCUACCAGGAGAAGUCUCUUCGUAAAAUGUUCGGAAAUUCGCGUGCUCGAAGUGGAGUCAUUGUGCUGCCGUGUGGAGCCGGAAAGACGCUUGUGGGAGUGACGGCGGUGACCACAGUCAACAAACGGUGUCUCGUUCUGGCCAAUUCCAACGUUUCUGUGGAGCAGUGGAGGGCUCAGUUCAAAUUAUGGAGCACGAUUCAGGAUAAGCAGUUGGUGCGCUUCACACGAGAAGCCAGAGAUCCGGCGCCUUCUGGAAACGACGCAUCGAAGCCGGUCGUCUGCAUCAGCACGUACUCCAUGGUCGCCUACUCCGGACGCCGUACGUUCGCCGCCGAAGAGGCCAUGAAGUUCAUCGAAAAACAAGAAUGGGGACUUCUUUUGCUCGACGAGGUGCACACAAUCCCCGCCAAAAUGUUCCGUCGCGUUCUGACGAUCGUCCAGGCGCACUGCAAACUCGGACUGACGGCCACACUCGUCAGAGAGGACGACAAAAUCACCGAUUUGAAUUUCUUGAUCGGUCCGAAAAUCUACGAGGCGAACUGGAUGGAGUUGCAGAAGGCGGGCCACAUUGCGAAAGUGCAGUGCGCCGAAGUGUGGUGCCCGAUGACUUCCGAGUUUUAUUCCUAUUACUUAAGGUAUCACAGAAAACAGACGAAAUUUCUAGAAAUUCUGUAAGUUUUCAGAUCUCAAAUCGCGCGAAAGCUCCUUCUCGCCGUCAUGAACCCCAACAAAUUCCGUAUUUGUCAAUUCCUGAUCCGUUUCCACGAACGCCGCAACGACAAGAUCAUCGUGUUCUCGGAUAACGUGUUCGCGCUCAAAAAAUACGCGGUAGAGAUGCAGAAGCCGUUCCUUUACGGAGAAACGUCGCAGAACGAACGAAUGAAGAUUCUGCAGAACUUUCAGUACAAUCCACGCGUCAACACGAUUUUCGUGUCGAAAGUGGCCGACACUUCUUUCGAUCUUCCCGAGGCGAACGUUCUGAUUCAAAUUUCGGCGCACGGAGGAUCGAGAAGACAGGAGGCGCAGCGUCUCGGACGUAUUCUCCGAGCGAAGAAGCACUCGACGGAUCAGUUCAAUGCCUUCUUCUACUCUCUCGUCUCCCAGGACACUGUCGAAAUGGGAUACUCGCGAAAGAGACAGAGGUUCUUGGUGAAUCAGGGAUAUGCGUACAAAGUGGUCAACAAGCUGCCCGGAAUGGAGUCCGAAGACUUGAAAUUGGGCACGAAAGAGCUGCAAUUGCAAUUGCUGUCUCAAGUGUUGGCGACGACGGACGCGGACGCCGAAGAGGAGGAUAUUAAGGUAAAACGGAAGUGCGCUCUAUUGACAAUAACUCACUCUUUUGCAGGAAGAAAUGGCGGACGGCACUAUCCGAGUGAUCCGUCGCGAAACCACAAUGGGCUCGAUGUCGGGCGGACAAGGGGCACAAUAUCACGCAAAAGCCAAGGCGAUCACAGAAAGACAUCCCCUUUUCAAACGGUUCAGAACAUAAAUCCCCGUUUCUCUCCUUUUCUUGCAUAUUUUAUUGUCUGAUUACUCUCGAUCUGAAUUGAUCUGCUUUCUCCUCUUUCAUAAUCAUUUUGUGAAUAAAUUAUAGUAUUUAUGUGUAUGCUCAAUGCGCAGUUUUCAAUCUUUUCAAUCUCGGUCUGUUAUCGGAAGAACAUUUCCAGACCGGUCGGACCCUGUUUAUCUCGGAGUGAUUGUAUUAUUCAAACACUUCAAAAUAUUUUCCUCGUCCAUCGCUGUAACAUUGUGAAUAAACUGUAUCGUACGCGUAAGGACAGGCAAUUUGCGUGAGCCAAAGUGGGACCAAUUAGGAGUUGGAAGGGAAUGAGACAAAAUAUUUUAUGCUCUGAGUUCCGAUGAUGAAUUAUUCAGAAAAUGAGACUAUUUUCUGUGAUGUUUUACCCGAAUUAUCCAGGAUUUACGAGCAGAAACGAUUUGACGGAUCGCUCAAUAUUUUCAUGAAAAACUUGCAGUUUUCGACAGGAAACCCAUUUGAAAUCAGGUUUGCGAACACUUUGAAGCACAAGACGGUAUCAUGCCCUAAAAGUCCCUGAAACCUCUACGAGCCGUCCAAUUAGGAGUUGAUAAGAGUGUUGCGUGUAAUUCAGUCCGUGUGCCCCGAUGGCCGAGCGGUCCAAGGCGUGAGUCUUAUGAACUCAUUCGGGUUAUUCCGAUCGCGGGUUCGAAUCCCGCUCGGGGCAAUGAUCCUUUUGUACUGCAUGUGUAUAGUCUGUUUUCGGUAAUCGGAAACUGAUUGUGUCCUUUAAAAAUUAAGUUUUACAGUGUAAAUUUUUGCACUUUUCUCGAGUGUGAAAAGCCAGCAUCAACUGACGAAAAUGUAAACUUCGUAAAGCGAAAUCCAUUUUUUUCACAGCCUGAAUAACCCCAUAACUUUCUUUCUUUUUCCGUUCGUCCGGCCAUUUUUUCAUUUCUAAAACGGGAAAAGUUGUGACGGAGAAACGAAGAAAUGGAAACGUGAACUUUUUAUGAAAAACAAACAAGCGGCGUAACCAAAUCAAAAAAGAAUUCAAAGUUAGUCGUUUCGGAUUGCUCGGAGUGUCAAUUGUUGAUUGUGUGGGUCCAUCUUGUACAUACCGCCAAACGCUCAUGCCGAAAGAUGUACCAAACUGACCCUUGCCUGAAUUACGAGCAAUACGCUCAUUUACUCCUUGGACGGAUAGCCGGGGUUUUAGCGACGUUAGAGAGUCUCUUUUAAUGAUCUUACGAUUUCGAACAACAUGGUGAGUUAUUAAUUGGUCUGCAGAUCUCCUGAUGACGUCACAAUCGACGUGGCAGGGAUUCAAUGCGUUGCAAAGUUCGAGGACUGUCAAGCGAUGAAACAGAAGCGGAUCAGUGCGGAGGAAGAGAUGAUGUUCGGAGUUUUCGGGCAGGGUAUUCAGAUCGUCUCUUGACCUGCUUCUAUUCUUUUCCAGACUCUUCUCCAUCUGCCGCCAACUGCUGUCCAGAGCUGGCGGCCCUCAACGCCCGUCUCAUCCUGCCGCGUCCUUCCGAUCAGUACGUGUCCCACAUCGCACUCCGCGACUACGAACUACCUCCGAACCCCGCCCUCUACUCCUCUUUCCAAGACAUCUUCUUGUGCUCUUCGAACCAACUGAAACUACGUCAGAGGCACAAAAAUGAACUGUUUCUGCACGUGGACUUUGAGAAAGAGCGUCAAACUCCCCGAAGCGUUCUUUUCGAGGCGAUUUUUCAGAUGAUCGAUCAAUUGGACGGAAAGAAGCCAAUCGGGAGCAUUUCUCGUGUUUGCUUUCCUUUCGUUCAUUUUGGGAAAGUGAGAAUUUGUGUGAGGAAGGAGGAACAAAACGGGAGUGUCCAUGCGAGAAUGUUCAACUUGUUCGGAUCGCUUUUCGGAGUUUUGGAUGGAAUCGGGGGAGAUGUAGGGAAAAUCAACGAUAAUCAAGAUGACGACGUCUUCCUGAGCGAAUCUGAUUUGAGGGAAAAGUUCGAUGGCAUCUCACGGAUGUAUUCUAUGGAUUCUGAAGACGUAGAAAAGAAAGCGCUAGAACAAGGAAGCGUAUCGGAAGCAACCAUACCACAAAAUGAGCAGAAAACACCGAUUCUAGACACUCUUCUCACCAUCAUCCGAGACCAAAUGAACCUGAAGCUGCCGUCAGAUGACGUGGCAACCACUCCGCUUCCCUACCUCGGCGUCGAUUCCAUUCGCCUCGCCGAGCUCGAAUUCCACGUGGCGCGGGAGUUCAAAGAUCUCGGGCUCAGGGCUCCAUUCCUGAUGCCCUUUAAGACGUUGAAGCAAGUCACCGAGUUCUUAGAGGAGAAGUUGAAGGGAUCAAAGAAUGAUCUGGAGCCUCCUCAGAAGAAGAGUUCUGCGAUGGGAAACACCAAAAAUGACUUCAGAAUGCCUCUCUCGUCCCAACAAAAACGAAUCCUGUUUGUUGAAGAGCUGGAGAAAUCCCAUCAAACUUCGAAAGUUCUGUCGCAGUUUGAUGAGCCUGUGUUCCUCAAAUUCUCGUCUGAAAUCCAAAAAGGCAAACUUCUUCGCGUUCUGAACUAUCUGGUCAUGCGACAUUCCAUCUUGCGUACCGGAUAUCACGAGGAUUUUCAGUUCUUGCUCUCUGGAACCGAGUACUUUUUGGCUUUGGAGCCGGGGCAGCCGAAACAACAGUAUCACUCGAUGAGAUGUCAUCUGGAAUCGUCCAGUUUCCUCCAAAUCAUCUUCCAUCACAUUUCCAUUGACGGUCGUUCUCUAUCCAUUUUCUACAGAGAGUUUGAGGAACUCUACCGUAAUCCUCAAUUGUUGCUACCAAAUCCAAAGCUACAGUACUUUGAUUACUGUAAGAGUACUGUAGCGAGAACAUCCGAAGCACCGGCUACAGUGUCUUUCUGGAAUAGCUACCUGAACGAUGUGGAGAUUGAGGAGCUUCCUACUGAUUUUCCAAGGGAAAAAUCAUCGAAAAGUCUGCUGGGACGCACUAUUUUCAAGACGUUUCCAGUGAAGAUUCAGAAGACGUUCGAUGAAAUAUGCCGCCAGAAUUCGUUUUCGAGAUUCGAAUUAUUCUUUGCUUUUCUGGAAGCUUCCAUCCAACAAGUAUUCGGAUUGCGCAAGUUCGCAAUGGGAUUUGCGGUGGACCAGAGGAAGUACGAGUUUUUCGAAACGAUCGGGUGUUUCACCAAUGUUCUUCCGUACAUUUCCCAUCGAAAUGAUCACAAGAAACCACUGGAGCACUUGGCACAAUGCCAACAAACCCUGAGAGCUCUGAGAAGUCAUGGAGACCUUCCCUACGAGAGGAUUCUGUCGAUCUCCCGCUCUCGUGACCUUUUUCAAGUGUUCGUUGUGAGUGACGUGGUAGACGUCGAUGCUCCAGAAGAAUCUAUUCGGAGAGUGAAGCGGAAAAAGUCGGUCCGCUUCGAAGAUGACGUCACAAUUCAAGUGGUGCAGCCGGAGCAUCGAAAAGAGCAGAUUGUCAAGUACGAACUUACGUGCUACUUGCGACAAUUCUCGGAUGACACGUUGCAGCUGGAAGUGCAGUACGCCAGCGAGCUCUUCAGAAACGAGACGAUUGAGUUUUUGAUGGAAGAGGUGUUCAGAAUGGUCAAAAGGUUCCCAGGGACCAGUUCAGUGAACAGAAACCCAGUGAAGAAGAGUGAUUUCCCCAGAAUUACUGUAUCCCAGAUCAGACACCUCCAGCCCCUUGGUCCCCGAAUUCGUUAUCUAAACAGAGACACUUUGAAUUGCAAUGAAAUGAUUCAUAAACUCUCUGUGGCCGUGAGCAAGUAUCACUUUCAGCUCUUUGGCCAACUGCUCUCAGAGCAUCCGCUUAUCUUGAAGCUUCCGAGGAUUCCGGAGCUCGUGCAGGUCGUCUUGGCCGCGUGGAAGGCUGGCUUUUACCCAGCACCACAGCACAUGGACACCACGGAUCAGGCGAUGGAAAAAGUGAGGAGUUCACUUGGAGCCAGCGUUGUUAUCAGCUACUGCACAAAAGAGAAGAAGCUGCUGGUCAAUGGAGCUUAUCUCAACAUUCAAGACCCUCCCAGACCGUCUCAUUUCAACCGGACUGCUCUCUACGAUUUGGCAUACGUGACCAGUACUUCUGGAAGCACAGGAACUCCGAAACUAGUGGGGACUUCGUUCGAAGGACACUCGAACCUCGCCCGGCAGUACACUCAAACCUUCCAGCUCUCCUCCUCGUCUACCGUACUCCAAGUCGUCGAUCCUUCCUUCGACAUCUUCUUCGCCGAUCUCGUAAAGUCUCUGGUCAACGGUUCUCGACUUCUCCUCGCAAGAGACCCGAUCGCCACGUCAUCAGAGCUCCGGCAGUGCUCCAAUGCCUACUUGAUGCCUGCUUUUCUGUCACGCAUCCCUGUCUCCGAUCUGAAGAAUUUGGAAAGUUUGCAGUACGGCGGCGAGCCACUGGCACCGCAAGUUUUGCGGAAGAUUCUGCAGGAAAACGAGAGAUUGAAGAUUUGGCAAGAGUUUGGACUCACCGAGCAGACUGUCUAUUCAGCUAGGCAGCGGAUUAGAAGACAUGAGUUAGAGCAGAAAGCGCGAAGAAUCGGAGAGCCGUACUCGAACCUCAGACUACAAUUGAAGAGCUUACUUGACGCUCAACAAGAUGCUACGCCGCUUUGCCUCCGUGGCCAACUUGUUCUCUCUGGAGUCGGACUCAUGAGGGGCUACUUCGGAGUCACGAAGGACGUGCUCGAAGAGUUUUACACGGGCGACGAGGUCUCCAGAAGUCGAAAAGGGCAUCUGACGUUCAUUGGAAGGAAGGAUUCGCAGGUCAAAGUGCGCGGUUUCCGGGUGGAUUUAUUUGAGGUGAGUGGUCUUUACCACUCAUUUCUUUCGUUUCUGGAUGAUAUUUGCAGAUAGAAUGCACGGCCCUUUCCUCGAAUGUUCUGGAAACUUGCACGUGUCUUGUACACGAGCAACAACUCGUUCUGUUCUUUAAACCACGUGGCAGUGAGAACGUUCAGCGAAAACUGGAGGAUUAUCUAGAAAAAGAGCUGAUUUCUUAUAAAAUGCCAACCAGAAUCAUUCCGCUUGACACUUUUCCAUUGACGAGGUAAAUGAGGAAGUUUUCUUUGAAAUUCCGAUGUUUUCAGAACCGGAAAGAUUGACAAACAACAACUUUGGAACAUGCUCACUUCAUCUGGCGUCACUGCCCAUUCCGAGAGCUCAUAUCCUUCUUCUCGGAAGACGGACAACCUUCGGAUCCUGAGUUCUCUUCGUCAAUGGUUGGAGCACUACUCAGAAUCGAAGAUCUCAUCUGAUGACGUGGAUAUAUUCACGUGCGGCGUCGAUUCCAUUUCCGUGAUGCUGGCGAUUCAGAAGCUGAGAGCAGAGGAAGGCGUCGAGAUUCAUGUGAAGCAGUUCUUCAAGUUGAAGACGUUGAGAAAGAUUGUCGAAUGGAUGAAAAGCUCUUCAGAUGUCGUCGUGACCUCUCCAGCUCUACCUCCAAAAGCUCCCAAGCAAGAACUUCACAUCAGCUUAAACCACAUCCAACAGCGGAUUCUGUUCCUCUCAAGAAUGACGUCUUCUGAAUCUCCAGACCUUUUCCGUCUUCAGUUCUCCAUGAAAGUGCCGUUCUCUGCUUCAAAAGCGGGUCUCGCCACGAACACCGUAAUCCUCGGCAAUCCACUCCUCCGUGCGGUCAUCCAGAGAGUCAGUGGAGAGCAUCGAUUUGUGCUCCUCUCAGGCACUGAGUGCUACCGUCAUUUGGCCCGGAAGGAAGUGAAAACUAAGAGCAAAGAAAUGUCAUUUGAGACGAGAGUUUGGAUGAGUUCGGAUGAUUCGUUGGUUUUGUCCAUUCAUCACAUCAUUUGCGAUGGAAGGAGCUUACAGAUUCUAAAGAAUCAGAUGAUCAAGGUUUUGGAGGCGGAGCACGAGCUGAAGUUCCAGGCAAACUUCCAUCUGGAGAUAGACCCACUGGUUAGAUUGGGAGAAGAUCUUGAAUAUGACGUCGAUGACUUCAAACUCCUCUUUCCAAUGUUCAAAUUCGGAUCGAAAAGCUCGAAAAUCCGAUUCGAGUGCUCUGUGAGCCCAUCCGAUCACAUUCCGAGAGCUCAUCGCAUUGCAUUCGCCUACUGCCGGGCAGUUUGCUCCGUUUUCAAAGUGACCCGCUUCCCCGUGGCAACCACAUUCACAAAUCGAACUUCUUCCAACUGGGAUACGGUCUCAAUGUUCGCCAACACCCUCCCGGUCCGCUUUUCUGAAAAUGACGACAGUUUGGAGUCACUUUCCCAUCGGAUAUCUGAAUUAAACGAGAAGUAUUCGAACUUGCACCUACAAUCCGUUCUGAAGGGCACACACGGAGCGUUCGCUGACUUUGCUUUGAACUUUCACAAACAUCUGGAGGAUUCAGAAGACGUUUGCUAUUGUCAGUUUCCAAUGCUUCUGACGUUUUCCGAAGCCGAUGAAGCAGCCGUUUUGGAGUUUGAUGAGAAAUUGAUAUCGAGAAGUGAAGCAGAAGACGUCAAGGAUCGGAUUCUGGAGAAUCUGGGCAUCCGGAAGACUCUGAAGCUCAAAAAACAACUUGACGUUUCCAAAAUCUUUCAAAAGUUUCUCCAGAACUCGACUGAAAUCUUGGAUGAUACUGACUUUUUCCAAGCGGGCGGACAUUCGCUCACCGCCAUGAAGCUGGUCGAUUUCUUGAGUGAUGAGCUUGAAAUGGAGCUCCCGUUGAGAAUUAUUUUCGAGAAUUCGACGCCGAGAAAGUUAGAAAGAACAAUUCGAAAGUUUAGAGAUUCCGGAGUCUGUGAGAAGAUGGAUGACGAUGAAGUCGAGGUCAUCCAAAUGGAACCUCGGAUCUUUGAAUUCCCGCUGAGCCGUCAGCAGCUCCAGAUGUUCUACCUCUCCCAAUUGACUCUGAACUCUCUUGAGUACCAGCUUCCCUUCAUCCAACCGUUUCCCCAAUCCGUUCACCCCUCUCAAAUCCAUCGAUCUCUUCUUUUGACAAUUCAAGAGCAAUCUAUAUUUCGAACGGUUUUCCGAAUGUCUUCCGACACCGGCGAGCCUUUCCAGCAAGUGCUCUCGAUGACGGAAGCGUUCAUUCAGUGCCACGUCACAGAAGUCAACGACACGAACGAAUUGCACUUGAAGAUCCGAGAACUGUGCCACGAACCGAUCGAUGUGCUCUCCGGGGCUCCGUUGAUCCGUGCCGCUUUCGUGACGUCGCCUGAAAAGUGCGUGGCUUUCCUUCAUCUUCAUCACUUGAUCAGCGACGCCAGAUCGACACAACUGACGAAUUCGUCUAUGCGCAAGUUCCUGGAAGACCCGAAGAAGAUCCCCGAAAGAUUGGAGCACAGUUACGUGGAUUACUGUAGGUCAGAUAGCAAAGAGUUCUCUCAAAACGUCAGCGAAGUGUACCUGAAAAGUCUUGUGGAGGGGCUCAGAGCUCCAAUCGCUCCGAACGGUCAACAAGAGACACAUAAAGUCCACUGUGACAUACCAAAGGUGACCAUCGUCGCCUCUUCCGGAGCCACUCCCUUCUCCGUUUUCCUCAGUGCCACGUCACACACUCUUCUCAAAAAACUGAAAAUUCCCUCUCUGAACAUUGCGUUUCCGGUACUGAACAGAACAGAGAAAACAUCCGGAAUCUGUGGAUACUUCCUCAAUAAUCUCGUCAUCAACAGCUCCCAUCUGUCCGCACUUCCAGCCGUUAUUCAAGACAAUCAUCCGUUCUCAGACGUGAUUCGAGAGGUUCGGAAGGCUUCUGGAACUGACAUUCCCGUGGCGGAGGUGUAUGUGAACUGCCGGUAUGAUCUGGAGUUUGACGAGACGGACGACGAAGAACUUCUGGAUUUGGUGCCGCUGAAACUUCAUUUUCCGAUUGAGAUCGACGUGGAUUUGAUGGAGAAUGUGUAUCGGGUCACAAUGCGAUCGGACAGAUUCAAAAGGAUGGAGAUGGAGGAGAUGCUCAGGGAGAUAGGAAAGUUUAUAAAAGGAGAGAGGGAGCAGAAGGAUCAGCCGAAAGAUCAGGGCCAGGCACCUGCUGCCAAAGUCCUUUACGGUCUUCGCAAAGACUUUCCGCGCCAGUCCCUUCCUCAACUUUACCGUGCCUUUUUCAAAUCUUCCACUCGCCAUUUCUCGCUGGACUCUUCCGGUAACUCCCGUUCUUUCUCUCAAACAUUCCGGCUGCUCCGAUCUUAUUCCCACGCCCUCUCCCGUUCUUUUCUCUGCUCCAGAGCCGCUCCGCUUCGAUCUGAUGACGUCAUCGCAGUUAUUGGAGCAAAAGGACUGGAAACUACGUUGAAAUGCCUCGCAGUACAGUAUGCCGGAGCCGCUUACCUUCCAAUUGAUGACGGAUAUCCGGAAGAGAGAAAAAAGGAGAUUCUGAAGGACGCUGUGUUCUGUCUCAAUGCCGACAUGGCGAUAACGUCUUCUUCUGUUCCUUCUCUCCGUCACUUUCCCAUCUCCACUCCAGAAUCUCUGUCUUACGUGAUCACCACUUCUGGGACUACCGGAAGGCCCAAAUCCGUCGCCAUUUCCUGCGAAUCCGUCGCCAAUCUGUGCCUCUCUUCCACUUUGACCAUGCACAUUUCCUCGGCCAGCCGCAUAUUUCAGUUCACAAAUUUUGUGUUCGACAACUCGGUUCUCGAGGUGUCCAUGGCCAUUUCCAAUCAAGCAACUCUGAUUUACGAUGAUAAUUCUUCGUUUUUCGACGCCACCAAGUUCAAGAAGAUGACCGAGGAUCCGGGAAUCGGAAUAUCGCAUUGUCUUCUGUUUCCGAGUCUUGUCAACUCGCUCCCAAUCGAGAAGAUCAACGGAUUGGCGUACUGGAUCGUCGGAGGAGAACGUCUUCCGCAGCUGCUUCUGGAAGAUGCGUUGGCAGUCGGGUGCCACGUCAUUCAGAAUUACGGACCGACAGAAACGACGGCGUUCGCAGUGGCGCGACGGAUGAAAAAAGGAGACAAAGGGGAGGAGAUCGGGUGGCCGGCGGUGAAUGCGAAGGUUCGGCUGAAGGACGGAGAGCUUCUGAUCAACGGGAUCGGCAGAAUGAGAGGCUAUCUGAAUCGGGCGGACAGUUUCUGGAGCUCCCCGAGCUCUGAAAAAUGGUACGCGAGUGGGGACGUUUGCAAUAUUACCUCAAACGGUGUGCGGUUUAUUGGAAGAACCGAUGGCCAGGUGAGUUCAAUCCACUCCUUCGUUUCCAAUAUCCCUUUAUUUCUCUAGGUCAAAGUCCGUGGAUAUCGUGUAGAGUUGUCGGAAAUCGAGAAAAUCAUCGAAACGCACUGCCACAUCAUCAGGUGCAAGGCUUUGUUCGAGCCGGAAACUCAACAGAUCCACGCCUUUUUCACGUCUAAUCAUCCGGUGAGCCCUGAAGAAGUCAGAAAUCAUUGUGUACGGUGUCUGGAGCCACAGAAGAUUCCAUCGAGUUUCAAUGGAAUCCGAGAGUUUCCAUUGACCCGAAACUCUAAAAUCGAUAAGGAAAAGCUGAUGGAGAGGUUGAGAAGUGAGUGGAAUGCUCUCAAAAUGCUCCGAUGUUCGUGCUUCUUCCAGACCGCUCACCUGCUCCGUUGUCCACUUGCUCCGUGCUCUCCUCCAUCUGGCAGUCGCUUCUCCACUCUCCUCCUCCCGCCCAUUCCGAUCAUUUCUUCCUCAUCGGAGGCCAUUCUCUUCUUCUGAUUCGUCUCCGUCAUCUCAUUCAAACUCGCAUCGGAGUCUCGCUAACCGUCCCUGAAAUGCUCGAAAACCUGCAAUUCGGGGAGAUGCUCCGACUUUUAGCGGCCAAAAGUGAAACCGUGAACGACGUGAAAACUACCAUAAUCUUCUUCCCAGCACUUUACGGCGCUUGUACCGCAUAUCUGAAGUUGGCGACGAAGCUGCGGACUAAUUUUGAGAUUGUUCUUCUGGAUGAGGAGGAGGGCGAUACGGUAGAAGACGUGGCGAGCAAGUAUAAGAGACAGAUAGAGAGGAAAGGUAUUGCAUAGGAAUUUGACCCAGUUGGAAUCAUCCGAUUAGGCCUUUACUUUGAACUGAUUGGGCAUUGUGAUCUAGAGAUGUAAGAACAUCAUAUCGUUCAAUAUUCGGGUCGGAUCGGAUAAUAUCAACUGCCUUAAAAGUUCAAAACCUGAUCAACUUUUCCAGUGAACCCCGGCAAGAAGUUCUUCUUUAUCGGAGCCUCCUCGGCCGGCACUUUCGCCUACGCCACGUGGCUACAGUAUCCGUCCAAUGACGUAGCAGUUGUUCUCUUGGACACUGGCACAUUCUGGAAUCUCAUCGAACAUUUGAACUAUCGAAAACAUCGCGAGGUUUUUUGGCCGUUCACCUCAUUCCGAAAUGUCACUUUUUUCAGGAUAUUGUGCAGAAUUUGAAAUUUUACAAUGUCGACGAGGAAACAGGCGAAGAGGUGGCCGAGCGAUCGUGGGGAAUAUUACAAAUUCUGAAAAAGUACCAUCCAAAAAGUUCGGAGAAGUCCGGGAACUUACACGUUUUAUCGGUGGACGGGACCGAUCUGGGAUGGUCCAGGUGAACGGAGAAAAUACAGUUUUAGUACUUACCGUAUUUUCCAGAUUCUCCAAAGUCAUCGAAGUUCACAAGAUAAGCGGCGAUCACUACAGCAUGCUGCAGGAUGAUGAAAAUGUGCUGAAAAUUGCGGAAAUACUGAAGAAAAUUUAA